GAAAAACAAGGACAUGGAGUUCAUCAGCCAGAAGAUGGACAUCACAUUCUCCUUUAGGAGAAUGGAGAUUGUAGAGAUGGAACCCAUGGUCUCAGAGGUUCUGGAGAGGUGGUCCGGUCUAUUUCUUGAAGAACAGAUUUGUCAAGAGUUCACUCGUGUGACCACCAAGGACCUGAUGGGAACAUUUAAAACUGCCCUUGAUAUGUUCACCCCUCGUCUGCUGAAAUUAUAUCGUGCCAGGAAGGGCGCCUUUAGUCGAGAGAUGGAAACCCUUUUGGAAAUGCUUGACAAACAGACAUCUGACAUCACAAGUCAUCGCAGACAGGCAGCUGUGGAAGGUCUUCCCAUAUUUCUGCGGGAGAAUACUGAGAAGCUUUUCUCUAGAUGCUUGGCAACUGAUUUAGAUGAACAGACGAAAGGCAUCAAGAUGGAUGUCCUCACAGUGCUUGAUGAUGAUGACGCAGUCAUUAAUAUUGCCCUCGUGUUGGAGGAAACCAUUGUCCUGAAAGAUAUCCCAGACACCCCGACUGCGCUUGCGUAUCUUUUUGGCCUGCUUUAUGCCCUCAACAUGGAGUUCCCAAAAGACAUCAGGUAUACCUUUGAAACUAUCCAGCACAUUUUCAUGGAAAUGUCCACCAAUUGCUCACAGCGUGUCCGGAGCUUCAAGACCAAGCUGUUAAACCAGUGAUUCAUUUUCCAUGGGGAAGAUUUCUUUUAUCAUGUCUGUUCAUUUAUUAUGUUUGGAUAUUCUUCACAUAGACCACCGUAUAAUUUUUUUGUUCCUUUUGAUUUCCCCAACUUAUUGACAUGUGCCUUAUUUGCUCUGGACACAAGAGCUUUAUUUUGACGAAAAACAAAUCUUUUAUUUGUAGCUGUCAUAACUGUCAACAGACUUCAAUAUUGAUUGUUCAGUAGAAGCUGUGUUUCACCAUUACUGUUGAAGCCUGCAUGUUUGCAUGUUUGCAUUUGUUUAAAGUGUGGUUCAGAUAAUAUGCCAUUUUCAGCUGUGGAUUUACACACUUGUGAAUACUUAGGCACUUAACCGUUUACCUGUCAUCUUUGGCAAUAUUGCAUUAUUUGUAAGGUCUCAACAGGAGUCGGAAAGUAAAAAAAACAAAAACUGCCCAUAUACUGAAACCUGAUUUGCUUUGGGCAUAAGAUUACUUGUUUACAUUGUGGAAUUGUAAAGCUGUU